AUGGCAGCAGAGACGGAGAAGUAUUCCGGGUUGCGGCUCGCGGACAGAAAAAUUGCAGCCAAACGCUGGGAUGAGCUCAUGGCCGGCAAAAAGUUCACCAGCUUCAGCUCACUCACUGUUGCCAGCGAGUCUGCCAGCAUUGUGGCCAUCGGCGUCUUGUAUGAGCGCGGUCUGGCCAAGACCUCGGCAAAUGGUGGUCGCUUCUCGCAUUGGUCGCUGACCGACUUAUGCUUCCCGCAGCCACGGCUUUUGAAGUUGCUGCUAAUGGGCGAGGCCUUCGAGACUUGGGACCUGGACUUAGGAAAGUCGGUGAGGUACGGCGCAGUCUUUGCAAUCCUGAAUCCGGCACCUCUGCCAUCCUCCAAGUCGGGGACUGGCAGCGAGACGCUGGUUAGCGCCAAGAUUACCCACUCCACUCAACUGGUUCUUCUCGGUACCUGCCCGUCUCUCGGAUUCUGCAGAUGCCGGAAGAAGGAUGGGCUGCCCUGCUCAAUGCCCUGCGACAUCGAUCGCGGAGGUGGAGCCUUGGUGUGCUUCUACCACACCAUGCAGCAGGAGGCGGACAAAGUUCGCAAGUGGAGUACCAAAAACACGACUGCUUCACGUGGCAAGGAUGCUACAACUGCCGGCCUCAUCGUUAAGGAGGGCCCUGCUCUGCGCGCCCCUCCGAGACCGCGACCGGGAGAUCGAGUCGCAAAGGAUCCCGCGCUUGAAAGGCUGCUCAGUGGUCGUUUACCUGCAACUCCUGCCCGUAAGACGAGCGCAGCUGCGGGAGCAGCUCCCACGCCACCUGGCACACAGCCGAUGCCAGCCAAGAGGCAGCAGUCUCCCACCAUGGCAUCUGGCACGCAAGCAGCUGCACCGAAGGGCGACUCGUGGACAUCAGCGCCCAGCCAACGUGCAGCACCACGUGAGCUGGAGCAGGCAGAUGGUGCGGCGCCCGAUGCAGCGAUCGCAGCGCGACAGAUCCUCGCACUCUUUCCGGAUGGCAUUCCUGCGCCGGACCCCAACCGACCGAUGGAAUCACGCAUGCAGUUUGAGAGGGCCAGCUUCGAAGCACUCCGAAGGCGUGAAGUAGGUGGAGCCGGAGUGCCCAGUGCUCCACCGACGCCUUCCCCGCCACAGAAUCUUGCGCAGAGCAAGGGGGUUUCGAAGGACAACCGCGAGUACUCGGGCAAAACAUGCACCAUCUCCGCCCCUGCAGCGCAGGCGACAGCUCCUCCUCCGCCAGCUGUAAGCAUCCGCCAGCUGGAGAGCGACUUUGGACGCAAGGUCGCCCGGCAGCUGGCGUUCAAGGCAGAUCCUCGUCUCGACGUCGUUCGGCAACAGUCGUCGCGUUUUCAGAGUGCCAUGGAAGAAGAGCGAGCUGCAAAACGAAUGAGACGUUUUCAUGAGCUCGAGGCCAUGGAUGCAGCGCAGGAGGUGAUGGAAGAGAUCAAGAGCAUGAAGGUCCGUGCCUGGAGGUGUGCGAAUUGCUUCUCCACUUUCGAGUCGUUCGACCAGCUGAAGAGUUGCCAGGAGAAGGGCCACAAGGUCACGGAGAAAGAAGCGACAAAGACUCGCUGGGAGUGCGGCAGCUGUCGCCACAGUGAGGCUGUUCUGGACCGCCAGCUGCCUUCUUACUGCCGCAGCUGCAAUGGGUGCAACUGGAAGCAGGUCUCCCUCCGGAAAGUGCAGCGCGCCGCACCGAUGGAGAAGGACUUGCUCCUUCCACGUGGAGAGGAGUUGCCCUUCUUGAAUUCCAUCCACAUGCCGGACGUGAUUUCCAAGGCACCGCCGAAGCAAGUCCGUGAAGCACAUGACGACUAUGAGGGGCUCUAA